AUGAUGAUCUGGGACUGGAUGCUUCGCCCUCGCUGCUGCUGGCCCUCGCUGCUGCUGCACUGUGCGCUGCACCCUCUCUGGGGUUUCAUUCAGAUCACUCACGGUGAACUCCAGAAGUCAUGUUCUAAGACCGUUGCAGAAAAAGGUACCGAUAGCUGCCAGGAGAUCUGUCAGUGUAGACGGCCUCCUCCACUACCACCUCCUCCACCUCCUCCUCCACCUCCCAGACUGCUCUCCCUCACACCUCCCAACUCUACCUCGUGUCCUGCUGAAGAACCCUGGUGGUCAGGCUUGGUCAUCAUCAUCGCAGUAUGCUGUGCCACACUCGUGUUUCUGGUUGUCAUUGUCAUCAUAUGUUACAAAGCCAUAAAGAGGAAACCACUAAGAAAAGAAGAGAAUGGAACCAGUGGAACUGAAUAUGCAAUGACCUCCUCUCAGAACAACAAAACAGUGGAUGUAAAUAAUGCGGUUGUGUAAUCCCUGCUGACUCCCAGACAGCCUGGCUGGAGUGAGGUCUCAUCGAAGCACACAGGGGUACAGGAAGAAGGGAGGGAGCAAAGACACAGCAGGUGACAGCUUGGUGGGCCCAGGACUUAAUUUCCCUAUUCUUGCACACCUCAAGCAUUCAAAGAGAGAAACCCGACUGCUUUUCAAGACUUUGCCGAGCAUCUGAUGAAAAGGAUUUUGCCUGCCAGCCAGAGGCAGCUCAGAGAGGAGAAUAUAGAGUUAGAAAGAACCCUAGAGAUCCUCUAGU